AUGGGUGACGAAAACGACGGAGAUGAACACAUGCCCGGCUCGAGCUCCAUCAGUGACGAGGAUGAUGAAGCAGAAGAUGAGGAGGACAGCGAUGAGCCUCCCCCAGCCGGACCAUCGAAUUCUGGCGCAGGUCGAUUGGGAGGUGGCGUCCUCGGCGCACUGGCAGGACUCGGCGAUGCUGGUCUCCAUCUGGAUGAAGCGACAGCUGCUGCCAUCUUUGGAGGAAACUUUGGAUCGCUAGGAAGUAUCAUUUCUGGCCUGUCGUCUCGUCUGAAGAGGCUCCGUGCCCAGCUCCGCAGUCGGUCUAUCACCAAACGCCUUGCCGCCCUCCGAGACAAUGAGGACACCCUGGGCUCUUCGUUCUCCGUCAGUGGCUUUGCGACAGAAUUUAUCGCCAUUCUCAAGGGCCACCCAAAUAUCGACCCGAAAUCGGAGGAUGAAGACGAAUCUGCCGUACCGGAUGCCUUUGACGAGGACGCCCAGCUUGCGGCCAUACUCGCCAUGAGCUCUGGUGGAGGUAUGAUGAACGCGGAGGAGAAUGAGUGCCAGCUUGUAGCGUGCAGAUGUUUGGCGCAUCUGCUGGAAGCUAUGCCCGGAACUGGACAUCUCUUGGUCGAGCUCGGAGCUGUCCCAGCUCUCUGCUCCAAGCUCACGAAUAUUGAGGACAUUGAGCUGGCUGAACAGACUUUGAGCACCAUGGAGAAGAUUUCCGCCGAUUACCCAGCCGCCAUCGUCCGAGAAGGUGGUCUCGGAGCUCUGCUACAGUUCCUCGACUUCUUCUCCACCAACGUACAACGGACAGCCGUCACAGCAGCCGCAAACUGCUGCCGAAACAUCUCUAAGGACCACUUUGAACAGAUCAAAGGCGUCUUCCCGAUCUUGCGUGACACUCUCACUCAAGGCGAUCAGCGAUUGGUCGAGCAAGCAACACUCGCAGUGGUCAGGACCUUGGAGUCAUAUCGACAUUCUGCCGAAAAUCUUGAAGGUCUCUUGACGCUCGAUGUGGUGGUCGCCAUCAAUGCGCUUCUCAUGCCUUCCGGCGGGUCUCCACUCCUGACACCUUCUACAUUCUCUCAUCUCCUCCGUGCCCUCACGUCUUCCGCUCGAAGAUCAGCCAAAGUGACGAUUGCCUUCCUCGAGGCGGGAAUCACAAACACUCUUUAUCAAAUUUUGACUGGAGUCCUACCCUCAACCAACGAGGGCGAGAGCCAAGGUCAAGGUUCAGAGGGCCAAGGACUAGCGGGUGGAGUGGCAGACAUGGCAGUACUGCAAAACCUUGCACAUCGGCCUAAAGACCAAGUCGAAGAGUGUCUCGCUUUGGUCUGCGAACUAUUGCCUCCCACGCCGUCAACGGGCGUUUUUGAUCCAAAAGGAUACACAGAAAGGGCUCUGUCCCAGAUCAAAAAGGGUCGUAAACCACCACAAUCCUCAGAGAAGCCUUCACGUCGCAGCAACCGUCGUGCGGACGGCCCAUUUACCCCUGGAUCGACCGGUCCUUCGACUCCGGCCGUCACCGGUAUCCCUCUACCCGGCUCUGAGGCCCCUCAAUCAACGCCAACAACCGCAACCAGUGUUCAUGAUAUCGUGCACAGUGCUAGGAUGGAGGCGGAAGCACAACUUUCUCAACGGGUCGAGCUCCUCAACUCUCAACCCCUCCUCAUUGGUCGAUUCAAUCGCCUCCUUGUGCCUGUCCUGGUCGAUGUCUAUGCUGCAAGUGUGGCGACUCGAGUCAGGUCCAAAGUCCUAGUUGGGUUGAUCAAGGCUAUCUCGUUCGCCAAGGAGGACGAUCUGCUCGAUACGCUGAAGCGGGUUCCUAUGGCCAGCUUCCUUUGCGCUAUCAUCUCAUCUCAGGACAACCCUGUCGCCGUUCUCAACGCACUUCAAUUGGUCGAGUUAUUGGCGAUAAAGAUGCCCGGUAUCUAUCAAGUUUCUUUCCAGCGUGAAGGUGUGGUUUACGAAAUUGAACAACUGGCAGCAACACAAUUGAAGAAUGUCACUACGGAGAAGCCAAAGGCAGCCGCUGCAGAAUCAUCCUUCACGGUGAAGAAGGAGCCAGGGGAGCCUUCCACACCCUCGCCUGUCCAGGCACCCAUCGGCUCGUCCUCUCGGCCGAUAGGGUGGUCGAUGCCCGUCACAGACUCGAAGCCCAUUCUCAGCGAGACCACCAUGCCGGACGGAUUCACCAAUUUCACCUUUGAUCUAAACGCGGAGACCCCUCGACAAAAUCCCACUCGCCGUGCAAGUGGGACGACGGUGGAUCCUGAAGAUGCCAACAUCAUGCGAGCUCGCGUCAUUCUCGCCAAGAAGAUUUUCGAUGCUGACGGAGAUUCCAAGAAUGCGGCCUCUGCCGUCCUCGAGGAGCUCAGGACUUUGAUUGAAGGGCUAUGCCGUCCCGGUUCUUCAGAUGGCGAUCUACGCGACGGACUCAAGGUGUUGGCUUGCAAGCUCUCUGGCUCUGGCGAAGCCCUGUCAAGUUUUGAGCUGCUCAAGGGCGGCCUUGUUGAUGGCUUGCUCGACUUUGCAGACAUUGAGGGGGCAGUCCCCUCUCACGACCGACGAGCCAUGUUUUUUGAUGUCUUUUCAGAUACUUCAAUUUCCUCACCUCCCCCGCUUGCUGUCCUCGUCAAGCUCUUGCACGAAAGCUUGGGUCGAUUGGAAAACUUUGAAGUGGAAACGGCUUUCAAUGGGUCCAUCGACAAUUCUCGCCCAGCUGCAGCAUGUUCCCGCAUGAUGAAAGUACGACUUCAGGCCGAUGAAGACUCGAAUGUUCCUAAACAAGUGUCUCUCAUCAUUUUGAGCAUCCAGGCCAUUGCCCAAUUCUCCGCUCUAAACGAUUACUUACAGCCGCGGAUCGCGAAUGGCGGCAGCUACCUCUCAGGCUCGACCCUAUCAAAUAUGUUCGCUGCGUAUAACUCGGGCGUGCCCGUUCCUCGAGGAGCUGCAGGCGUAGGUGGAGCAGGAUCUGUCUCAGCCGCUGCUUCCAGAAUCAUAUCCGCCUUGAAUAAUGCUUCUCGACCAGCUGGAGGCGAAGCAGGCGGUUCGGGCGGUCAGACCGAUGAUCUCGGCUUUCCCAGUCUUUUCAGCGCACUUGCGUCCUCAGCCCCGGAGUCAUCACGCCUAGCUACAAACCCUCCAGCGACUUCCGCGGCAGGGGCCAAUCGAUCAGACUCAUCGGAGGUGCCACCUCGACGUCGAAGCGCCAGGCUCAGUGGUCAAGGGCUAGGAGGCUCUGGUACUGCUUCUGCGCCUGCCGAAACGACAUCUGGUCCCGCACCGGCUUUGUCAAGCUCCGCACCGGAGCCGACGGUCUUGCCUACCAUGCCGAUGAGCCUGGAUUUUGACGAGGACGAGGAUGAUUAUUCUGAUGAAGAGUAUGCCGAGGAAGUAUACGAGGACGAUUUGGAGGAUGACAUGGGACCCCAACCAGAGAAGGUGGUCAACAUGUCAGUCGCUGCCGAUGGCUCUCAGGUCGAGGCGAAGACGCCGGAAGGAACUCGAAUUGCCACACCCAACCCUCAUCAAGGGGCUGGUCCGUCAGGUGCCGCAACUCCUCGAACUGCUUCUUACGCGGGGGCCGUCAAGACGCUGCCAAGUGACUUCCACCUAGAGUUCACGCUGGAUGGUAAUAAGCUAUCCCUCAAUGAUACGAUCUAUGGUGCGGCGCACAAGUAUCAGCGUGGUGCCAAUGGAGUGAAUAUUCAUGGCCCUCCCGUUGUUGUCAAGUUCCGGAAAGUCGACGGACCUCGGCCGGAAGCCAACGAUGCAAUAGACGCCCCGUCACCUGCGUCCGCAAUCAGCACGAUGCCAGGGAUUUUGGACCCUUCGACCCCAGCAUUCAAGAUCCUAAGAUUGCUUCGACUCAUCCACAACCUCACUGUGGAUGCCACUUUGGUCGCACCGAGACCCGAUAUUUUGGACGCGCAUCACUUCGUGAACAACAAGUUGACAGCGAAACUCACUCGGCAGCUCGAGGAAGUGAUGAUCAUUGCAAGCAACUGCCUACCGGAAUGGGCCGUGGAACUGCCAAAGCACUUUGCAUUCCUCUUCCCGUUCGAAACGCGAUAUUUGUUUUUGGCCUCGACCGCGUUCGGUUACCACCGACUAAUCGGACGAUUUGUCUCUGCCAACCAGAAUCACGCCUCUACGUCCAGUCGACGAGACGAUAUGUCUUCAUUCAGCAGAACGCCGCGACAAAAACUUCGUAUCUCGAGAUCUCAGAUCCUCGUCUCGUGUGCUAAAGUGCUCGAGCUAUACGGCAGUGGGAGCCCUUUGUUGGAAUUCCAGUAUUUUGACGAGGUCGGAACCGGUCUGGGCCCGACUCUGGAGUUCUACGCCAUGACUUCCAAGGAAUUCGCCAAGCGAUCUCUCGGUCUAUGGCGGGAUGAGGAUGAAAACUCGCCUGGACUGUAUGUGAAACAUCAAAAUGGUUUAUUCCCAGCUCCCAUCAGCCAAGACGAGACGUCGACCCAGCCAGGAUCUCGGCUCGCAUGGUUCAAGGUCCUCGGAUUGUUUGUCGGUCGAGCUCUUUUCGACUCGCGGAUCAUUGACGUCAACCUCAAUCCUGUGUUUCUCCGCUUGAUCUUAGGCAGAGAGGUGAAGAAGACUAUCAAAACACUCAAGCUCGUGGAUGCUCCUCUGGCUUUGUCGCUGGAACGCCUCCAAUCUUACCUCAGCGCACGCAAGGAAAUCGAAGCUCUGAAACUUCCUCCCGGUGCGCGCAGGAACAAAUUGGCGACUUUGACCGUUGGAGGCGCGAGACUGGCAGAUUUGUCAUUGGACUUCACCAUGCCUGGGUACAGUGACAUUGAGCUCAAGCCGGGUGGUGCACACAUCGAUGUAGACGACCAUAAUCUCGAAGAAUACCUGGAACGCGUCCUCGACGUCAUACUUGGCUCGGGCGUGCAACGUCAAGCUCAAGCCUUCGCGCAAGGAUUCUCGUCCAUCUUCUCGAUUGCCGACAUGAAGAUCUUCUCACCUGACGAGCUUAUGCUACUUUUUGGCAACAUGGAGGAAGAUUGGUCGAAAGAGACCAUCACUCACGCCAUUAAGGCCGACCAUGGUUAUAAUCUCGACAGCCGGUCAGUGCAUAACUUGAUAGAAGCAAUGUCGGAAUUCAGCAAAGAAGAGCGAAGGCAAUUCCUGCAAUUCAUCACUGGCGCACCCAAGUUACCCAUUGGAGGCUUCCAUGGCUUGCAGCCUCAAUUCACCGUGGUUCGAAAGCCACACGAGCACCCAUUCCGAGCGGACGAUUAUCUCCCCUCGGUCAUGACGUGUGCCAACUACUUCAAGCUUCCAGACUACUCGAGCAAAGAAGUCUUGUCGACGCAGCUGCAUCGAGCCAUGCUUGACGGAGGUGGAUCGUUCCACCUCUCAUAA